AAAAGGUGUGUCAGGAGGAAUUUGAUAUUAUUAAUUCGAUUAAUAGUGUAAAGAAUUGAGGAUAAUAUUGAACGAAAAUACGUAACCGAAUACUGAGAAAGAAUCUGCUAAGACGGACGUUAAAAAACAUAUUAACAGGCUAUAAAUUGGCAUGUUUCUCAUGGUAUUGUAAAUCAAAACGUGCUGGAUAUCAGAGAAGUGCAGGCGUCAUGAAUAUCUAUAGCUCCCCCAUGAUAACUAUAUUCUUUGUUGUUCUCUGUCAGAUCCUAUCACCAUGUCAAGCAUAUCUGCAAGGUAAAGUACGAAAUUUACCUGACGGUUUCCUACUCGGUACUGCAACCUCGUCUUAUCAGAUCGAGGGGGCGUGGAAUGUUGACGGUAAAUCAGAGAGUGUUUAUGAUAAUUUAACACACUCUAGGCCAUGUUAUAGCGCAGACUGCACCAAUGGAGAUGUUGCAGCAAAUUCUUAUUAUUUAUAUAAAAGAGACGUUGAAAUGUUAAGGGAACUUGGUGUUGACUUCUACAGGUUCUCACUGUCUUGGACCAGAAUACUUCCAACAAGCUUUCCAGACAAAAUAAAUAAGGCUGGUGUUGAAUAUUACAACAAAUUGAUAAAUGAACUGCUGAAGUAUAACAUUCAACCUGUAGUCACAAUAUAUCAUUGGGAUCUGCCACAAAAGCUGCAGAAUCUAGGAGGGUGGGUUAACCCCAAUAUUAUUGACUGGUACGGCGAUUAUGCGAAAGUUGUAUUCGCUCUGUUUGGAGAUAGAGUUAAAUAUUGGAUAACAAUAAAUGAGCCUUAUCAGUUAUGUAGCUUUGGAUAUGGUGGUACAAAAUUGGCGCCAGUUUUUAACUUAACAGGAGAAGCAGAUUAUCUAUGUGCAAAGAAUUUGCUUCUAGCACAUGCAAGAGCAUUUCAUAUUUAUAACGAAGAAUUUAGAUUUAUUCAGCAUGGAAUAAUAUUUAUUUCGAUAAAUGCAGAAUGGUUUGAACCGGACACUGUAAACGAUGUAGAAGCAGCUAAUGAUGCAAUUAACUUCUGGUGGGGAAUAUAUGCGCACCCCAUAUAUUCAAAACGAGGCGACUUUCCAAAUGGUUUAAAGAAAAGGAUAGCUGUUAUUAGUAGACGACAGGGUCUAUUAAGAUCUAGAUUGCCAGAGCUGACGCCAAGUGAAAUAAAAUAUAUUCGAGGCAGUUCUGAUAUUUUUGGAUUAAAUCAUUACUCUACAUUCUUCGCAUAUCGCAAUGCAACUACAUAUUCCUAUUACAGUAGAUUGACAGGACCAUCUUAUGACGCAGACGCCGGAUAUAUGAGAUACCAACGACCGGAAUGGCAAAUAGGACAAUCGAAUUCAACUUUGUAUGUUCCAUGGGGGUUCUACAAGGUUAUUCUACGCAUUACUAGAGAAUACAAUAAUGUGCCAAUUCUGAUAACUGAAAACGGAUAUGCAACUCGUACUGGCUUGAUCGAUGAAGACCGUGUGAUAUAUUAUCGAGGUUACAUAUCUGCAAUGCUUGAUGCUAUACACGAUGGUGCAAAUAUUGUCGGCUAUUGUGCCUGGAGUUUGAUGGAUAACUUUGAAUGGUUUAAUGGCUACACGGAAAAAUACGGUCUAUAUGAAGUAGAUUUCAACGAUACAUCCCGUACUCGCACUCCUCGCAAGUCUGCGUAUGUCUACAAGGAGAUUAUCCGCACUCGCACUCUCGAUAUGAACUACGAACCUGUUAUGCCAAAACACAUAAAUGUCGCAUAAAUUAUUAUAUGUUGAGAGGAAUUAGUAUCUGACUAAAGAUUAAUUAAAUAUUUAUAUUUUAUUGUUA